AUGGGAAUGAAAAGAAGACAUUCUCUGGGCAAAGGCCUCUACGCAUCAUUUUGUAUUGAAGAUAAUGCUCCGUGUUGCAGUCACGGUCCUAAAUUGCGAUUGGAAAGGAAAAAUGGCGGAACACCGUCAUACACUUGCUCAGCGUUCCGAAAUCAACCAGCUUGCCGAAAUGAUACCGAAUUCACACUUAAGCUUCUUCGAACACAGAUUUUUGUUACAGAUAUAAGCAAAAGUGAUUUUAAAAACGCUUGCUUUUGUCACACCUGUGGUGUCUUUUUUAUUGGUCCAACCAAUGUUCAUGCUGACCACAAUAUCGUUCGUGAUCUAUCGAAUUCCAAACUCAAUGCACCUUCGUAUUUUCUUGAGCCCCUUGAAAAAUCAUCUGAGCACGCACAAUAUUUCUUCGCAGACGAGUGGUUGAAGUUUAUGAUGUCUACAUUACGUGCGCUGCGGAUCGAUAACAUUCUUUGUGUUGGAGCGCCUAGGCUUUUUGACUUUUUGGGGACCCAGAGCUUCUCUAUAAACAAAUUUCUUCUUGAUUUGGAUGCUCGCUUACUAAGCUUUUAUCCACCAACCCAAUUUACUCGAUUCAAUGCAUUGAAUUGCCACUUCUUUAGUCCUACUGGCAAAUCAACCGUAGAGAAUUUCAUGCUUUCUUGCAAAGGUCGGACGGCAAUAUUUUGUGAUCCACCUUUUGGUGCACUUAUGGAACCUCUGAUUGUUUCUCUGAACAAAUUGAAGGAAGGGAUUUUGAAUUCUGAAGUCUUCUUGAUGAUAACUAUCCCUUACUUCCUCGGAAAAAAGUUACUUCAGGCUGCUCCACAGCUCAAAAUGCUAGACUAUAAGGUGACUUAUGAGAAGCAUGUUCGUUUUACAAGCACCGGCCAUGAUGGAAAUAACUCAAAACGACGAGUUUCUGUCGUUCGGAUGUUUACUGACGCACCACCCCAGGAAAUUAAACCUCCUGAGGGCCUCGAGAGCCAAUACUGGUUUUGUGAAAUUUGCAAACGUUACUCAGAUUUGGGCAACAAACAUUGUACGCAGUGCAACGCCUGCACAACCCCUCAUGGUGGUACAUACAUACAUUGCCAGAUUUGCAAAGUUUGUCGUCCUCCGAGCUAUCAACAUUGUAACAAAUGCAAAAGGUGCUUUCAUUUGCGAGGUAACGAAUAUCACUCAUGUACAAAUGAACAGUCAACUUAUCAUUCUAAAUGCAAGCGCGGUAAAUUCAUCAAGAAAUAA